AUGGAUGAUGGCAAGAGCGUCGGUAUUAUCGGCAUGGGCGACAUGGGGAAGAUGUAUACGCGCAGGCUGAGCGCCGCCGGUUGGAAGGUCAACGCCUGCGAUGUUCCGGACAAGUAUGACACACUGGUGGAGGAGUUCAAGGACCUUCCGAAAGUUGAAAUCAUGCAAAGCGGCCACUUUGUCUCACGGUGCAGCGACUACAUCAUCUACAGCGUCGAGGCGAAGAACAUUGACGCCGUUGUGAAGGCGUUUGGGCCAUCCACCAAAGUCGGCGCCAUCGUUGGCGGCCAGACCUCCUGCAAAGCCCCAGAGAUUGCAGCCUUUGAGAAACACCUUCCCGCCGAUGUCAGCAUUGUGUCCUGCCAUUCCCUCCACGGGCCUGGCGUGGACCCCAAAGGCCAGCCGCUCGUCCUGAUCAAGCACCGCGCCUCAGACGCCGACUUCGCCUUUGUCGAAACCAUCCUCUCCUGCCUGCAGUCAAAGCACGUCUACCUGACCCGCGAACAACAUGACCGCAUCACCGCCGACACUCAAGCAGUCACGCACGCCGCAUUCCUCAGCAUGGGCGCCGCAUGGUCCGCCAACAACCAAUUCCCCUGGGAAACGCCGCGCUACAUCGGCGGCAUUGAGAACGUCAAGAUCAACAUCACGCUGCGCAUCUACGCGAACAAGUGGCACGUGUACGCCGGCCUUGCGAUCCUGAACCCGGAUGCCCAGAAGCAGAUCAAGCAGUACGCCGAGUCCGUCACCGAGCUCUUCAAGCUCAUGCUCGCAGGCAACCGGGAGGAGCUGUCGCGCCGCGUGUAUGCUGCACGUGAGGCCGUGUUUGGCGGCGAGCAUGAGAAAAAGGAAGGCCAGGAGCUGCUGCUGCGAAACGACCUGCUGGAUCGCUUCAGCCUGGGCGAAAUGCCCGAGCGCAGACUGAGGAACAACCACCUCAGCCUCCUCGCCAUCGUAGACUGCUGGUGGAAACUCGGCAUCGUGCCCUACGACCACAUGAUCUGCUCCACGCCCCUCUUCCGCAUGUGGCUCGGCAUCACCGAGUCGCUCUUCCGCAACAACACGCUCCUCGAAGAAGCCAUCGACACCGCCAUCGACGACAACACGUUCCGCGGCGACGACCUCGAGUUCACCUUCGCCGCGCGCGACUGGAGCCAGCGCGUCAGCCUCGGCCACUUCGACGCCUACAGAGAGAAGUUCGAGGGCAUCCAGAAGUACUUUGAGCCCCGCUUCCCCGAGGCCACCAAGCUGGGCAACGAGAUGAUUCGCGCGAUUUUGGAGAAAUCGAAGGAGGGGUAG